CUUCUCUUCACCAAUCACUCAAAGCCUAUUUCUCUCUCUCUCUCUCUCUCUCUCUUGGUUUGCUACUUUCUUAGUUCUUUCUUAUUGUUUGCUUCUCAAUUUUAUUUUUUGGUUCUUAUUAGGUACUUUUCUCCUUGGAUUCAAAUGGCUCUCUCUCUCUCUCUCUCUCUCUCUUGGUUUGCUACUUUCUUAGUUCUUUCUUAUUGUUUGCUUCUCAAUUUUAUUUUUUGGUUCUUAUUAGGUACUUUUCUCCUUGGAUUCAAAUGGCUACUGUUGAGGUAGUAUCGGCACAAACUGCACUUUCAGAGGAAAAAGCAGAAGAAGUGAAGGCUUCAGAGACUGUCACUCAAGUAACAGAUCAGUCAGUUACUGAUGAAAAACCAGACACAGGAGAAAAGAAGGAAGAACAAGAAGAAGUUGCAGGAACUAAAGAAGAAGCUGUAGAACCAGAACCAGAAGUUGCAACUGAAGUAGUGGUGGAAACUAAAGAAGUAGUAGAAGAUGAGACCAAAACUGUAACAGAAGAGCCCCCAUCGGAGAAAACUGAAGAAGAAACUCCUAAGGAAACAGAACCAGAAAAAGAAGAAACUCCUAAGGAAACAGAACCAGAAAAAGAAGAAAAGGAAUCCCCAAAAGAAACAGUAACUGAGGAGACUGUUGCUGAGGAGACUACUAAAGAGACCACUGAGAGUACUGAGACAACAACUCCGGCGCCAGAACCGGCACCGGAAGCUGCCGUUGAAGCUCCUAAGGAAGAAGGUGAAGCGAAAGCUGAGUAAUGGGUACUUGUGCUGUGUAGAGGCUGUUUGUUUCUGGCUGUAUGCCAACUUGAAUGUUUCUUGAAUUUUCUAUCUUUCUUUAAUUAGCUUUUUUUUUUUAUUGGGUUAAAUAAGAGAUUUAAGAGAGUUAUGUUAGAUUAAUGGGUCCUACUUGGAUUGGACCAAUGGGAACUCACCACAUGGCAGACAUGCAUUGGUAGACUCAACAUGGAGAUGUUUUUGGGUUGGGUCUAUAGUGGGGAGGUGUGCCUGUUGGUUCCAAUCUGCAAGUUCAUGAAUUUUAUAUGUUAUAAAGAUGCUUGUAACAAUAGUAUUAAGAAGAAUAAAAUAGUAGUGUAUCUUGGUACUUUUCUUUAAUAAUAAUUGUGUCCAGUUUCAA